AUGUUAUUCCCUUCUUUUAAGUUAUUUAUAUUUAUUCUAGUAUUAAAUAUAAUAUUAGGUUUCAAUAAGAAAAAUAAUUUUAUAAAUAUAUUUGUAAAAAAUAAUAAUAAUAAACCGUUUCUUAUAAGGAUUAAUAAAUCUCUAGCUGAAUAUAUUAAAAAUGAAAAGAGAAAUUAUGAACGAACAGAAUUUGAUUUAUUAUAUAAAGAAUUGGUAGAAGAAAAAUUAAAAAAUUAUCAAAAAUUAAUGGAUCUUAGAAAGAAGGAUAAGAAUUAUGAAAAAAAAAGACGCAGAGAUAAAAAGUGGCAAGAUAAAGUUGUGAGGAGUAAAAUGAGAGCAUAUUAUUUAUUCAUUGGUAAUUAUAAUAAAUACUAUGAAAUGAACGAUUCAUUUAAUUUGAUUGGAAAAAAGAAUGAAAUAAAAAAUAAAUUAUACGAAAUUAUAUUUAAUGGAACAAGUUUCUGGAAAGGUCUUGGUAACUUUUUAGAAUUGUUAGGUAUAUGUGCAGUAGAAAGUAUGUUUGUUGCUAUUUUUAACGCUAUUGUUUUACUUUUACAAUAUGUGGAUGGUAUUAGUAUGGUUUGUGCUACAUAUGCGAUAAUGUCUGCUGGUAUGUAUGGAGUGUUUAUAUUGUUAAUAAUUAUUACAGUUGUAGUAGUUGUAUUACUUGUUGUUUGGCUGUGGCCUAAGGAUGAUGAAAAUGCUAUAAAUAAAAUACUAGAGCCUAAUUUAACAAAUAAAGAAUUUUUAUUUUAA